UGUGUAAAGCUCUUUCCUGCGCAUGCGUUCUUUUUUCCGGUCAGCACACUGUUUAAUUUUAUGUAGUUACCUGUACUGUUGGUAUAUUCUUUUCGUUUCUUUGAUUUAUUCAGACGGAUUAAGGAUAACUGUAAUUAUGUCCGGUUAGUUAGAGUGGAGUGAGCGGAAAUAUAAAUCUGUGGGGGAACGAAAAGCUACAGAACACCGGCUCAGAUGAGAGCGUUGUCUCUGCGUUCUGAACGUCAUGCUUCCCCGGGCGGGUAAAGAGUUCCUGGUCCGGAUCCGGUUCUCCUGGAGGCCUCUGUUCCAGGGCCGAUACCUGCUGCUCACCAACACGCUGAGCGGAGGGCUCAUGCUGUCGCUGGGAGACAUCCUGCAGCAGACUCGGGAAAACCGCAGGGAGCCGGGCCGAGUCCGGGACUGGAAGAGGACAGGUAAGGGUCGGGCAGACGGACGGCCUGGGGCAUCGCUGGCCCAACAUUUAGAUUUUCAUGACCCAAAGUGGGGAUUGUGGCUGACCCUUGUCUGGUUUUGCACAGGUAUGGAUCUGCUGCAGGGACGCUCUUUAUCAGACGGAUGGGCGGAGUUUAGAGGAAAGUUCUGGGAGUUUUAUAAGAUGGACUGGUGUGUUUGGCCCGCUGCGCAGGCGAUUAACUUUUACUUUCUGUCGCCCAAGUUUCGUGUCGUGUACAUUAACUUUGUCACGUUAGGAUGGGACACCUACCUCUCAUAUCUUAAACACAGAGAUGAGAGCCGGCAGGUUGACCUGACAUCUGACAGCAGCUCUGUGGAUUCACAGCAGGAAGAUCUGACAUCUUCUAAACCUCUGGAGGAAAAAGCUUAGAGUUCCUCAUUAUCCGUGACGUUAAUUAAAUUAUAUUUUCAGACUCUAACUCCUUCUCUUGAAGGACUCUGUAAGAAGGCAUUUAUCUAUGAGGAGCUGCAUAUUUUUAAAUUUUCGUCCUGUUUUGUGUGUGUGUGAAAGAGGUGGACUCCCGUUGGAGCAUUCAGGGACGACAGCAGCUUCACUGCCCUCACCGCUGAUAUUCCUGUUUCCAGACGUUGUGAUUGUUGAAGCGUUUUGUCUCGACUAAAGCUAUAAGCUGACGCGUACCUCUAUAUUUCUGUGUUGUUUAAAUAUUUCCGUAUAAGUAUCAGAAGUGUUUUAAGCCCAGCUUCACCAUGAGGAUCUUUGCCUUAACAUGCAGCCCAGUUCUCAACAUUAUUGUGCCAAAUAAUCUCUGCUGACUGUUUAUCCUUUAUGAUUCCUGAUGAAUGAUGUCUGAUGGAUUUAUAAGAUGAUUAUAGUUAAAUCCAAUAUUUCACAGAACUGUAGACUGUAAAUAUAAACUUCAAUCCUGUUAAACUGAAUAUUUAUCACUUUUCAGUCUAAUGUGUGAAACAAAAUGUUUCCACCAAUCAAUUUAUCAGUUAGGGUUUUUUUUGGGUGAAUUUAAUCAAUUAAUGAAUAUUUGUAGUUUUUCUUAUUUGUACGAUUGCACUCUUCUAAAUGAUGUAGAGAAUUGGUUAAAGACAGAAGUCUGUAAAGAAAUUAUAGAUUUUUUUUUUCAAUUUUUAUUUUUUUGUUAACAUGUUUUGUCUUGAAAAUGAGUGAUAAUCGGUGUUGUAUGAACAUGGAGAAAAUAUUUAUUACAUGACAUUAAAGCAGAAUUAAACAUGAAUAAUUAAAAACUUUA